GGUACCUGUACUCCUCCAAGGUAGACAAACUGCUGCUGCUGCUGUUGUUGUUGUUGUUGUUGUUGUUGUUGUUGUCGUUGUAAGGAAUUUUUGCACAAGUGUUGAUUGAUCCAGGGUCAUGUGAUUGCAUGCUAUCGAGAGCCGCUUCAGCUUCACCGUACGGAAAUCGCUCGGGAUUCGCUCAAACCCUCCCAAACUCCUCCUCUUGAUGCUUCUUGCCUUUCAAACCUAGAAAGCUCGAUAGACCUGGUUUGUUUCAGCAUGUCCACACCAAAACCCACGUCACAGCCGGCCAUGCCACCAGGGGACAGAGUGGACUUCUUCCAAGAUGGGUUCGAUGGGUUCCCAAGACGACUACCGGAGAACUGCGUUGAAUACAUCAUCUUCGUCAUUGACAGCCAGCUAGAAGCCCGUAAGCUUCUCUCCGCUUUGGAAGCCGUCAGGAAGGCCGCAGUUCAGCUUACGGAGACCCUCACAAAGGAGUAUAUAUGGCAACGUGAUGGCCUACAGCUCGAGGUAAAGACCGACAAGCACCUUCUUUACCUGCAAGGCACCAGUUACUACGGCGACUCUGUCGAGGAUGAGUGGCUGAUAGUCUAUCUGCUUCGAGAGCUUACCAAGUCACAUCCAAACCUGUGGGUGCGCGUUUUCGACAGCGAUGGCGAGUUCCUGCUCGUCGAGGCGGCGAAUGUCCUUCCCAACUGGCUCAGCCCGGAGGUCGACAGCAAUCGCGUGUGGAUCCAUCAAGGGAAGUUGCACAUCAUCCCUUUGAGAAAGGGAUCUCAUGACAAGCGUCCCUUGACUUUGGCCGAGUCUGUCCAUUAUCUCAAAUCUGAACCAACGUCAAGCCUAGUUCAUUCUACCUUCAUCGAGGCCGAAGCCUUCUAUCGUCUGGACAAGUAUCCUGGCCAGAUCGCCGGGUCUCUCCACCACUCGGUCAUCACGAUACCGCGCAAGCUCGCGUAUAUCCUGCACGAAAUGCCCGCCGCCAUUGCACCUGCCGUGGAGGCCUUCUACCUGAGGGAUCCGGUUUCUAUGAAAUCUCUCCUUUCUCCAUCUGGCAAGCUCAGCUUCCCUCCCAAAGACCUCGUGACUGUUAGUGCCAAGUUCACAAAAGUUCUCUUUGCCCAGCUGAAGUCUCAGCGCUUUACGCAGCCACCUGUGUGGGUGCCUAUCGUGGAGGCCGCAGAAAAGGGUGGCACAGGCGCAGAAAAGUCACAGAAAGCUCUUGACCAGCUGGAAAUCGGCAUGAAGGUUACUAGCGGGUUCGAGAUGCUAGCUGUAAAUGCAGAAACAAAGGACAAUCGGAUCGCGCGAGAGGUGGCCAUUCUUCUAGAAGAUCUCGAGGAAGACGGCGAUCAAAGCCUUCCAAGCGACGCCACAAUCCAAGCCUGGCCGAAUGUCAAUCGUGACGAUGACGAGUCUUGGAUGGAUAUCAACUACGAGGAUUUUGAAAAGGAGCUCGAUGGCAAGAGUGCUACCAAAGGCGGAAAGAACCCCGGCUUUGGGGACUCGACCGCGCAAGCAGAUUUGCAAAAGAUCGUGUCGAGGUUCGAGUCUUUCCUCAAUGACGACACGGCUGGCUUGGAGGGUGCUGAGCUGAAUGAUAUGGACUUGGAUGAUGACGAUGAGCUCUCGGAUGACGAUGACGGUGAAGAAGACAGUGAAGACGAGGAUAAAGACGUCAGCUUUGAUGAGGAGCAGUUUGCCAGAAUGAUGCGGGAGAUGAUGGGCAUGCCGUCGGUUGAAAGGCCUACCCCGAGUUAUUCUGCCAAGUCACUUAACAAACCAGGGCGUACCACAUUGGCUGAAGAGCCGGACGAUGAACAUGAGGACGACGAUGAUGAAGCGAUUAGACAGCUUGCAGCACAGAUGGAGUCUGAACUGAACGAGCAUGGUGCUCUUCAGCUGGACCCAACGCCCAAGAAGCUCAAAGCUUUGAGAGAAAAGGACGUAGAAGACACAGGGAAAGGCAAAGGGACAGAGGCUGCACAAAGUGACGGCGAAGAGAGUGGAGAUGAUGAGGUCGAUAUCGACUAUAACCUAGCAAAGAACUUGCUCGAAAGUUUCAAAGGUCAAGCGGGAAUGGCUGGUCCAGCAGGAAACAUCUUGGGCAUGAUGGGGAUGAAACUACCCCGAGAUGAGCACGACGAAGACAAGGAGUAGAUGUGACCGUACCUGGUCUAGGUUUUAUGUUGUACAGUCUCUAGCAAUCAGGAGUGGUAUAUAUCCAGUGUACCCGGGUCGGGCUAUCCGCAAGAGCUAGUUGCAGCAAAGAAAUAACGUGAACCUCUCUGGGCUUUAUCAAUUUGAUCGAUCGUAUCACUAUCAUCUCAUUCGACUGGCUGUUUCGACCUUCAAUCUCGU